AUGGCUACUAAUAAAGUAACCAGACUGUUGGCCUACCUACUUUUCAGGGUUGUUUUGCCCCUAUCACUGCUCAUAGCCUGUGUGGUGCGACCUAAUGUGCUUUCUUUCAUCUAUGGCAUUUUGCUGCUGUUGACACCUUUGUGUAAAAGUCCAACUCCAGAAUCUAUUAAAGGUGGGACAGGUAAUCUGUUGAAAGCUAUUCUUGGAAUUGGUGUUAUAACUGUCCUUGCACAGUCCAUAUUUCAUAUAGUGUUGGCAGCAAUAGCCACUGAUGAGGAACCAUACGGACAUGUUUUUGGUAACUGUUCCAGUAAUGAAGAAUUGGUACGGCAGUUUGGAUUCCAAAGAUUGGACAAUGUUCCAGCCAAACAUGUGGCCAGAUUGGUUGGUCCUGAUAUUCUUGUUUGUUUUAUGGCCAUCUUAGUAUUUGCCAUCUGCAGCAAUGUCCUCAAAGAGACUACCAAAGAAUCUGAUCUGCCAACAGUUACUAAGACCAGAAAACGACGCAUGAAGAAGAUCAUUGACUGUUCCAAGAUGAUUGCCCUGAUGCUUUUGCUUGCUGCCAGUGGUAUUAUUGUACCUUCUAUCAUAGGAUCUGUCUACUUUUUCACCUUUCUCAUUGCUGUCACAUGGUGGUCCUUUGGUUACUCUCUCGGAACUAAAUUCUCCAUCUUCAAAUUUUUCAUCCUUGUCUAUGUUGGAUUGCAUUUGUGUGUUUUGUACCUUUACCAGUUUCCAUUCUUCAACAAAGAAUUCCUUGCGGAGUCAAUGCUUGCUCGGCUUUUGGGGAUCACUCAACUUGUUUACACUGAUUGUGCUAUUCCUUGGGAUAUAGAACUUCAUAGUGACCAAGUAUUCUGGCCAGGAUUUGUCAACCCUGGUAUCCUUUUGCUGUUAUACUGGAUCCUUGCCUUUCAAUGCCGACAUUUCAUCUAUGCUAAAAGUGACAGAAGAUUGGUUUCUGACUCUAAACUGGAUGCCACCGUUCCUAAACGUCGUAUCCGUCGCCGCCGCUACUCUGGAACAGAGCGGCAGAUCUUAGAGUCAAAAUCAUUGCUGAACAUUCAAGUUGUGAGUAAGAGCAGGAACAAUGUAGCUUCUUCUAUUUUCGUUGCUACAGGUUUAGUGGAUACUGGCGAGAAUAUGCACUAUAGUAGUGUGGACCCUAUUUCCUCGGGUGAUAUUCGUGUGAAGGGUGGCGAAAUUGAAACCCAAGAAGAUUCUGAUGAAGAAAUGCAAGCAACUGCAGAAUCUCGAAAACACAGCCGCACAACUGAGAAAAGAUCGGCCUUUGCUUCUGUUCUUGUUUAUAUUAUGAACCAAAGCUAUGUCCUCGCUCUCAUUGCCAUGAUGGCCUGGAGUAUCACGUUUCACAGUUGGCUCACAUUUGUACUACUGCUCGGCGCUUGCAUCAUUUGGAUGAUCCCGAAAUCCCGGCGAGCCUGCCUUCUUGUCUCACCUGUAAUUGUCUUUUAUGCUGAAGUCUUGCUCAUCAUUCAGUACAUAUAUGGUUUGAAGCUUAAUGAAGAUGAACUGCCAACAGAAUUACAUGGUGUGAAGAUGUCUGAAAUAGGUCUUAUCAAAUUCGAUAUACCUUGUAGAAGCCUGGCUCUACAGACUUUAUACACAUUGGUGUUCUUACUUACCCUACGACAGCACAUGCGAGAGCGGCAUCUCAAGAAAGAAACUUCUAUUCAAGGUUAUGCCCUAGAACGUCUGGAUACGGGUAGCACCUCCAUCACACCGGCGUUUUCCGAGACGCUGUAUUCUCCCAUGGAUUCAGAUUUGGCUGAUGGCUAUGAUGGGUACACCGUCAAGCAGAUAGGACGCUACUUGUGGUCUCUCCUCUGCAAAUAUUGGAUUUUCAUAUGUGCUAGUAUGAUGCUCACAAUAGCCAUCCAAGAUGAAGUAGCUUACAGACUUAUUUACCUCAUCUUCUUUCUCUAUUUUAUAAUUGCUUUCCAGUUGUCCUACAGAAUAUGGCGUGUUACAAUGUAUGUAUUUUGGUGGGUGGUUAUUAUUUACUCCAUGUGUGUGCUAUGUAUGAUUUACACCUAUCAGUUCAGUCAGUUCCCAAGUUACUGGAAAAAUGGCACUGGCCUCUCAGAAGAAAUACUUCGUGACCUUGGCCUACAGCAAUAUGACGUGAAAGGUCUUUUUGUCAAACUGCUCACUCCAACAAGUUUCCUAAUUGUUAUCAUCAUUCAAGUACACUAUUUCCACCAACCUUUCAUGCACCUCAGUGGACUGGAAAGAUAUAGAAGAGAAUUUGCAAAUGCAGAGUCAAUAGAUGUGACAGCUGAGGAUGGUCACAUUACUGAAGACACGGGUCUGACCACUUCUGAUACGGAAUCAGAGCUUAGAAUGCUAAAUAAUUGGCGGAAAGAAUUUGUGGUACGUUUUCGUGCCCUGUGGAGAAGAGGAAGUGCCACAUGGAAUUAUGUAUCUCAGUAUUUAUGGAGGCUGAUUGAGAUCCACAUCUUCAAAGUGGUCGGCCUGACUGUGAUGGUAGUGGCUGUAAAGGAGGUAUCAGCCAUUAGUGCCGUCUACGUGAUAAUGUUGGCCUUCUUCUUGCCUCUACCCAAAGGUCGUUUGUUGCUGUCCCACAUUUUGCAGAUGUGGACAGCAUUGGUUCUGCUAGCCAAAGCAUCAUUUCAAAUGUCAGUGGCAAGAAUUGCGGAUUGGCAAUCAAAUUGUACAAUUAAAGCUGGGAAUAACACUAUUUAUGAUAUGUAUCCAUUCAAUCAUACAAUUGACAAUAACAUUUGGAUUGGCCUAGAAAAAGUUAAAUCUGCUGAACUGCCAAAUUAUCUUCAGAAUUAUGUCGUCAUCUUGAUACGUACUGAUGCUGACAAGGGAAUUGUAGAAUGUUUUAAAUAUUUUGCUAAUUAUUUCUUUUACAAAUUUGGCCUUGAGCUAUGUUACAUCAUUACAGCUAUUACCAUCAGUGUCCGUGUUGAUGCCUAUUCUGUGCUUUAUGCAAUAUUUCUGGGUGUAUUACUCUUGUUGAACCGUCGUGGCAAUGCUUACCUGUGGCCUAUUUAUGUCCUUGUGCUUACAAUUCUAUUACCUCUACAAUACAUGUCUUCCAUUGGUGCUCCACUGGGUCUCUGUCUACCUUAUCCCUGGGCAAAUACUUUAAAACUCUCUCUUCAACAAUGGCUUUUCUUACCAAGUUAUACUUCUCCUCCAGCAGCUCCUGUUCUCUUGGCUGACUUUUUCCAAUUGUUAUUUGCCUGUCUGCAGUGGCGUGUCUUCUACUUAGAAUCUCGAACACAGGCAGAAGAAUAUGGCGGUGGCCUCAACAAAGAUAUUCUUGCAGAAGUUGAAAGCAAUGCUGAAAUUCCAGUUCCUGACUUCACAACAACUGUCAAUUCUUACCUGGAUGUUGCCAAAUAUGCUAUAUUCUACUACCUUUUCUGGGUAACCAUGGCAAUAGUAUUCUUUGCUGGUACAAACAGAAUUAAUCUAUUUGGACUUGGAUAUGUAAUCAUAGUUUUCUGCUUCAUGUGGUUUGGCCGGGAAUUCCUCCUGAAACCACUCAGGAAACUCCUUUGGUGGUGGAAUUUUCUGGUUGGGUAUACAUUCCUUGUACUAUUCACAAAAGCCAGUCUUCAGCUGGUUGGAUGUGUGUACAAGUUGAAAAAUGACUCCUGUUUGGUAAUAAAGUUAUUUGGCAUCACUUGUUUGAGUCCUAAUAUUGAAGAACCCAACAGCACAUGUUCUGUAGAUAAAAAUGGACUCCUAUGGGAUGUCAUUUGUUUUGCCUUCCUCCUACUACAGCGAAGAGUUUAUAGUUCACAUUACUUCCGACAUAUUGUUGCUGAGCUGGAAGCUCAGAGACGAUUGGCUUCGCGAGGGGCAGAGCUAAUCAACCGGAUCCUCAUUCGAGAAGUGUUACUACAGAAAGAACGAGAAAGAGGAAUUUUGAACACCAUUAAAAAGAAGAUGGAAGAAUUGAAAGCAAAACAAGCUCGACUGAAAAAGAAUUACCAGGAACCUGAAGAACACUACCAAGCCAUUCGAUCAGGUGACUACUAUCUGUUCGAGGAUGAUUCAGAUGAUGACUCGAGCAGUCCUGAUCAGGCAGCCACCUCUUUGAAUCUUGGCAGAUCUGAGCGCAGCAGUGAGGAGAGAAAAAUGGGACCUCUCCAGCUGUUGUCGACAGCCAUAGAUUCAGGCACUGACACUGCACUUGAGAAAGCAAAAGAAGAGGAACAACUUGAACGUAGACUGAGUAUGCGACGGUCAUCCUCCAUUCACAAAGAGGAAAUGCCUUUCAAGAAAUCAUUCCAAGCUGAACCAAGUCCAAUAGUUGUCUCUUUGGAAGAUGAAGAUGCUGCUGCUCCAGUUUUCUCAGAAGAUGCAGACCCACCAAAGAAAGAGGAAGAACAACCAAGUCCUGAAACACAGACCCAGGAGACAUUGUUUUCUAAGAUUUCCAACAACUUCUGUUUAUUCAUUGCUAUUCUUGUGAGUAUGGCAAACUGGCUUAUUAAGAUCUUCAACCACAUAUCUCGAAAUUACCGUCAUGUGGCCCGGAUUCUUGCUGAUGAUAUGAAGAAAGAAAAAUUAAAAAUACAGGCGGAGAAGCAAGGACAAGUGUUUGUGGAACCAGACACAAAUAUAGAUGAAGCACAAGAUGAAGGAGCUACAGAUAAUCUUGAUAAUGGCUUAAUCGCAGUCACAGUUGAAUCACCGACAAAAAGUGAUGUAAGGAAGUGUUUAAGUAAAACCAGCCUUGAUGAUAUGGAAGAUGAUGAAGAAAAUGAGUUUGAAAUGCAGCAGCCGGUGCUGUAUCGCUUGCUUGUUGCCUUCUACUACAUGCUCAUCUCCCGUUCUGAGUUGGUCUGCUAUUUCCUGAUUGUGCUUAAUCAAAUGGUAUCUGCCAGCCUACUGUCCUUGCCACUCCCACUCAUGGUGUUCCUGUGGGGGAUGCUGUCAGUGCCGCGCCCCUCCAAAACAUUUUGGGUUACAGUCAUUACAUACACUGAGGCUGUUGUCGUCGUGAAAUACUUGUUCCAGUUCACCAUUUUCCUUGGAUUGAAGACGAUUCUCAAACGAUAUGGUUUGUGGAAAGAUGCUGAAGACAUUAAUGCGGAUUUAGAAAAAGCAGAGGGUAAAGAGCUAAGUCCUCCAUGUACCCCAACACCUGAUAGUUCCUUGCGUUCAAGUGAUUUGGUGCAUGUUGGUCAGGAACUAGAUGCUGGGCAAGAAAUAGAAGCUGAUGGAAUAGAUACCAGUUCGCAAAAAGGUACCUUGGUUAUUGAUGAAAGUUCUACUGCUCCGAAAAGGAAAACAAAGAAAAGUGUUGUGUCCUGCUUGCAGCCUUUCCAGAAUUUUUACCGCCAGAUGACCAACUCAACAUACAAUGCCGUGGUUGAUGUCUAUGCCCCAAUGUUUGCAUGUGACUUUUUAGCUUUUCUCAUUGUUGUGUUUGGCUAUUGGGCAUUUGGACCAGUUCAAUCAAGUGGUGGAGAUGUAACAACAUAUAUCCAAGAGAACAGGUGUUUCUUCUUUUUCUUCUUUCUCUUCUUUUUUCUUCUUUCUCUUCUUUUUUCUUCUUUCUCUUCCUUUUUCUUCUUUCUCUUCCUUUUUCUUCUUUCUCUUCCUUUUUCUUCUUUCUCUUCCUUUUUCUUCCUUUCUCUUCCCUUCUCUUCCUUUCUCUUCCCUUCUCUUCCUUUCUCUUCUUUCCCUCUUUCUCUUUCCUUUCUUUCCCUUUCCUUUCUUUCUUCCAUCCUUUCUGUACCUAUUCCAUUUCUUGUGAUGCUGGUUGUACAGUUCAUGUUGAUCAUCAUCGACAGAGCUUUAUUUCUUCGCAAAUAUGUCCAGGGAAAAUUUAUUUUCCAAGUGACCCUGGUCAUUAUUGGACACAUCUGGCUCUUUUUCAUUUUACCUGCUGUCACAGAAAGACAAUUUGUUCAAAACACACCUGCUAUGUUGUGGUACUUUGUGAAAUGCAUCUAUUUUGCUCUGUCUGCUUACCAGAUUCGUUCUGGUUAUCCAACUCGCAUUUUAGGCAAUUUCCUAACCAAGAACUACUCCUACCUUAACCUGUUCCUCUUUAAAGGUUUCCUUGCUAUUCCUUUCUUGUUGGAGUUACGAGCUCUAAUGGACUGGAUGUGGACAGACACAACACUUGCUCUGUCCAGCUGGUUACAAAUGGAGGAUAUUUAUGCUAAUAUCUUUGUUCUUAAAUGUUGGAGACAUGCAGAAGUGACUUAUCCAACCCCUCGUGCACAAAAGAGGAAAUCCACCAUUAAAUAUGGAGUUGGAGGUCUGCUCCUGUUGCUGAUCAUUUUCAUUAUCUGGUUUCCACUGGUACUGUUCUCCUUUGCCAAUACAGUGUAUGAACCCAACCCACCCAUUACCUGUACUGUUACCAUCUCUAUGGGGGGAUAUCAGCCUCUCUUCAAGAUGACAUCGCAGCAACAAAACAUUCAUAGCAUUAAUCAUAGCCAAUAUGUUGGCUUACAAGAAACAUACAAGAAAAGAUAUAAUGCUUUGGGAUUUGUGACAAGUUAUAACAAAGAAGACAUCUCAAUUGUGACUGUCAAUGGUGAGUCCACUUCUGUCUGGGGCAUCAGUCCACCCAGCCAGAAAAAAUUAUUAUCUGAAUUAAUGGAAAGCAACUCUUUCAACAUGGAAUUACACAUCUCAUUUACAAGGUAA